GCCGGUGGAUUUGGAUCUGCGUUGCUCUGGUUCGGACAAGGGGGGGCUACGAUGGCGUCAGUUCUGCUGCAGAUAUUGGAGCGAACUGAGAUCGCUAAACUCCCCAAAGCCGUUCAAAACAAACUAGAGAAGUUCUUCACUGAUCAGCAGUCAGAAAUAGAUUCUCAAAAAUCUGAACAUGAGCGAUUCAAAGUAGACAGCGAGCAACAGUACUUUGAACUUGAGAAACGGCUGGCGCACACGCAAGAACAGUUUUUGUCGCAAACACAGGAUCAUCACAAACUGAAGGAGGAGCACGUCAAACUCCGUGAUGAGUUGGCCAGUUUUAAAAGCAGCAACCAAGAGCAUGAAACUUCAGAAGAGAAAGCACAGCAGAGCAAUCUGUCCAAAGCAAAAUAUGAACUUGAGGCGGAGAACCGAGAGCUGACACGAACACUGGAGAAGUCGUCGCAAGAAGCGGAGCACUUUAGCGAGGAGUUGAAACGUCUCAAUGACAAACUUGAGGAGACGAACACUGCGAAGAUGGAGCUCCAGCUCAAAUUGGAUGAGCUCCAGUCGUCCGGGGUCUCAGUCAAGUACCGAGAGAAGAGGCUGGAACAGGAGAAGGAGCUCCUCCAGAAGCAGACGGCGUGGCUGAACAGCGAGCUGAAGGCCAAAACCGACGAGCUCAUCUCUGUUUCCCGUGAGAAGGGCAAGGAGAUCCUGGAGCUCAAAUGCAGCCAGGAGAGCAAGAAAGAUGAGGUGGCUAGACUCCAGGACCAAGUCAAUAACCUGAAGAAGUCAAAUGAGAGCUUCCAGAAGCAAGUGGAAGAGUCGAUGAAGAAGUUGAAAGAGGGGAAAGACCAACAGUCUGCCAUGGAGGAGAAGUUCCGAAACGAACUGAACGCGCACAUGAAGCUCUCCAACUUGUACAAGGUUGCAGCAACGGAAGCUGAGGCGAAAAACGAGGAGCUGAAUCGGGCUGUGGAGGAGUUCCACAGGCUGCUGAAGGAGGCCGGAGAGGCUACCAAAGCCGCAGAGGGGCGGCUGACAGAAAUGGUGGCCGCGAAGGAGAAGACAGAGGCAGAGUUGAAGGACAAAAUCCAGUCCUUGGAAAAGGAGCUGGAGAAUGCCAAGACGCUGCUCUCAGAUUCCAAUCGCAGAGGGGUCGCAGCCCUCACAGAAGAAGAGCUGACCAGUAUGUCCCCAACUGCGGCAGCAGUGGCCCAGAUCGUGAAGCCUGGGAUGAAACUAACAGAGCUUUACAAUGCCUUUGUGGAAGCCCAAGAUAAGCUGCUCCUGGAGCGCCUGGAGAACAAGCGGGUGAAUAAGUACCUGGACGAGAUUGUGCGGGAGGUGGAGACAGUGGCUCCCGUCCUGAAGCGGCAGAGGGAGGAGUACGAGAGCAUGCAGGCAUCCAUGACCAGCCUGUCCGGCAAGCUGGAGCAGGCCAUGAAGGAGAUGCACCGCCUGCAGAAGGAGGCAGAUGAGGCCAACAAGCGUGCCUCGGUCGUGGAGCGGGACAACCAAAAGUUCGAGCUGCAGCUGGCCGACCAGUCCCAGCAGAUCCGUGUGCUACUGCUAGAGGUGGAGGAGGCCCGCGGGAGCCGUGUUCUGCGUGAGGGGGAGGAUGUAAGCUCGGCUGACAUCAGCAGCAGCUCCGAGGUGGCCUCUCAACGCCUGGUCACCUUCCGCAGCGUGGAGGAGCUGCAGCAGCAAAACCAGCAUCUCCUGGUGGCCCUGAGGGAACUGAAGGAGGCCCGCACCAAAGAGGAAACCGAGACUGCUGCCUCCAGGAAGACGGAGCUGGAGCAGAGCCUGGAGGCGGCGCGGAGGGAGGUGGAGCAGCUGAAGGAGCAGCGCAGCCACCAGACGCAGCUGGCAGAGUCAGCGGCGCGGCAGCGUGACAUGUACCGCAUCCUGCUGGCCCAGACCACCGGUGUCAGCCUGCCGGGCCACGAAGGAGCCCCGGGGGGUUCGGCUCCUCGCUCGUCGCUGCUUGGCACCCCAGCCAGGACCAUGCCCCCCAGAGCGGCGGCAGCAGGGACCAGGGAGGCCGUGGAGGCCAGGACGGCGCUCAGACAGUUGCAAGAGGUCUUCAACACAUACAAGAAGGAAAAGGCAGAAAACGACAAGAUUCUGAACGAGCAGAAUGAAAAGCUCCAGGAGCAGCUCUCAGGACUCCGCUCCCAGAAUGCCAAGCUGUCCACCCAGCUCGACUUUGCUGCCAAACGGUAUGCGAUGCUGCAGGACAACAUGGAGGGUUACCGGCGUGAGAUCGCAUCGCUGCGGGACAAGAGCCAGAAGAUGGCUGCCACCAGCCAGAGGCAGGAGCAGAUCAUCCACACCAUGACGCAGGACCUGCGGGCUGCCAACGAGAAGCUGGCCCUGGCCGAGGUGCGCAGCGAGAACCUGAAGAAGGAGCGGGACAUGAUGAAGAUGGUGGAGACCAGGCUGUCUCAGGAGAAGGAGUCAAUGCUGGCCGAACAGCGAGGGCAGAACCUGCUGCUCACCAACCUCAAGUCCAUCCAGCUGACCCUGGAGCGCUCAGAGACGGAGACCAGGCAGCGGCUCAGCAGCCAGAUUGAGCGGCUGGAGCGGGAGAUCGUGCAGCUGAAGAAGAAGCUGGAGCAGGAGGUGGAGCAGAGGCACGCCCUGGGCCGCAGCCAAGAUACGCAGCUGCUGGAGGUCAGGCGGCAGCUGGAGACCCAGACUGCAUUGCACCAGAAGACCAAGGAGCUGCUGAAGACGGCCGAGCAGCAGAACAGCACCCUGAGACAGCAGCUCAACAACGCCGAGAACCAGCCUGCUCCAAAGCCCCCGCAGCGCCCCGGCCCCAAAGUGGCCCGGGUGGCUGAGGACAUAGAGGAGCUGCGGUCCCGCCUCCGACAGGCCGAGGAGCAGAACAGUGACCUGACGGAGCGUCUGAAGAGCGCCACCAGCAGCGUGGACCAGUACAGGUCCAUGGUGCUCACCCUGGAGGAGUCCCUCAGCAAGGAGAAGCAGGUGACUGAGCAGAACCGCUCCUCCAUCGAGACCCAGCUGAAGGAGGCACAGGAGUACCACAAGCAGUUGGAGACCAAGCUGAUGGAGGCCGAGAAGGAGAAGCUGAGCCUGGAGCAGGAGAAGCGCAAAGCCGUGGAGACUGUGGAACAGCAGAUGAAUGAGCUGAAGAAGAGCCUGCGGAACAUCCAGUCGGAGCUCCAGGACGCCCUCCAGAGGGCGGCAGCGGCAGCAGUCCAGGAGCAGCAGGCCACUCAGGACAGUCAGCAGCAGGCUAAGCUGGCCACUGAAGCGCAGAACAAGUACGAGCGCGAACUGAUGCUGCACGCCGCUGACGUGGAGGCCCUCCAGGCCGCCAAGAAGCAGGCCCUUGAGGUGUCCCAGACCCGGCAGCAGCUGGAGGAGAGGGUGCGGAAGGCUGGUGCGCAGCUCCAGGAAGCUCGCACGGCCUGGGAGCAGCAGGAGAAGAGGCUGAAGGAGGAGGUGUCCAACCUGAAGACCCGCAUGGAGGACUUGCAGAAGCAGAACAGCUUGCUCCACCAGCAGAUCGAGAGCCUCGGCAGCAAGCUGGUGACGUCCGUGCAGCAAGCCGCCAAGGACAGCCACCCCAAAGUCUCCCUGAGCGAGGAGGGCAAGUCCCACGAGCAGAUCCUGGAGAUCCUCAGGCUUGUGCGCCGGGAGAAGGAGAUCGCCGAGACACAGUUGGAGGUGGCCCAGGUGGAAAGCCUGCGCUACAGGCAGAGGGUGGAGCACCUGGAGAAGGAGCUGAAGGAUAUGCAGGACAGCCUGAAUGCUGAGCGGGAGAAGCUGCAGGUGACCACAAAGACCUUGGCGCAGCACGAUCAGCUGAUGAAGAAGACGGAGAACAUGAAUGUGUUGGUGGAGACCAACAAGAUGCUGAGAGAGGAGAAGGAGAGGCUGGAGCAGGAGCUGCAGCAGACACAGGCUAAGGUGCGGAAGCUGGAGGCGGACAUCACGCCCCUGCAGGAGUCGAACGCAGAGCUGAGCGAGAAGAGCGGCAUGCUUCAAGCCGAGAAGAAGCUUCUGGAGGAGGACAUCAAACGCUGGAAAGCCAGGACGCAGCAUCUCAUGAGCCAGCAAAAGGACACUGACACGGAGGAGCACAAGAAGCUGCUGGCGGAGAAGGAAGCCCACCUGAGGCGCAUCCAGCAGCUGACCGAGGAGACCGCCAAGCUGAAGACCGAGGUCGCCAGGGCUCAAGCCUCCAUGACCACCGUGCAGAGCCAGCUACAGAACCUGCGGGAGAACCUGGGCAAGGUGACCACGGAGAGGGACAACCUUAAGAAGGAGCUGGACGCCAAAGUCCUGGACAUCCAAGAGAAGGCGAAGACCAUCACGCAGGUCAAGAAGAUUGGGCGGCGGUAUAAGACCCAGUACGAGGAGCUUAAGGUGCAGCACGACAAGCUGGUGGCGGACAUGGCCGCCAAGCCAGCGCGGGAGCAGGAGGCUGAGCAGGCGCAGCAGGCUUCCGCUCAGGAGAUCCAGGCCCUGAAGACCUCCCUCAGCCAGGGGGAGGCCAAGAUCAGGGAGCUGGAGAGCCAGGUGGAGAGCCUGCAGAAGACGGUGGGCGAGCGGGACGGCCAGGUGAAAGGCCUGCAGGAGCAGGUGAGCAAGCUUCAGCCAGAGCUGUCCCGCCUGCGGCAGGAGGUGCAGGAGCGAGCGGCGCAGGAGGAGCAGCUGCGGCAGCAGAUGGCUGAGAAGGAGGAGAAGACCAAGAAGGCCUUCCUGGGGGCCAAGCAGAAGAUCAGCCAGCUCAACGGCACGAAGGAGCAGCUGGCACAGGAGAACGAAGAGCUGAAGCAGCAGCGGGAGGAGCUGGAGGUGCGGCUGAGCGCACUGAAGUCGCAGUACGAGGGGCGGCUCAGCAGGCAGGAGCGUGAGCUCCGCGAGCUCCGCGAGCAGCAGGAGAGGCAUGGCGAGCAGAGGGACGAGUCCCCGGAGCAGGGGCCCAGCAAGACGCAGGAGCAGCAGAGGCCAGCUGAACAGAGACAGAUCACCCUGAAGACUACACCAGCCACUGACAGAGGAAGUGCGAGCACGUCGGAGCCCCCUACGGCCAACAUUAAGCCCACCCCUGUGGCGGCAACCCCUAGCAAGCCCUCUGCCAUCCCAGGAAACAAGUCCACCCCCAGGGCCAGCAUCCGGCCCAUGAUCACACCCGCCCCCGUCACCACGCCCACCCCCACUGCCACCGUCAUGCCCACCACCCAGGUGGAGACGCAGGAAGCCAUGCAGUCCACCGAGGGUCCUGUGGAGCAUGUGAUGGUUUUCGGGAGCACCAGUGUCUCCGUGCGGUCCACCAGCCCCAACGUCCCGGCAGCACUGUCGCAGGCCGUGCUGCCCGGGCAACAGCAGACCCAGGCCACUGCCUUCGUCCAGCCCACUCAGCAGAGCCUGCCGGCCGCUGAGCCAGCCAAUCAGGAGCCAGCACCGGUCAUGAUGGAGGCGGGGCCUAGCACUCCAAUGGAGAGGCCUUCCACGUCCACGUCAGUCUUUGGCACAGUUUCAGCCACACCGGGCACCUCAAUGCCCAAAAGGUCUCGUGAAGAGGAGCAGGAGAGCGUCGGGGACACAGAGACCACAGAGGACCCUGAUGAAGCGCCCAUUCCCAAAAAGCUACGCAUCGUCCAGAGGGUGGGCCUAGAGGAGGAAGCUGUCCCUGAAGACAGCCCCGACGCUGAGGACGAGGCUCCCCUCGAGAGCCAGGAGGCCCCGGAUGCCAGCCAGCUGCCGGAGGAGGAGGAGGACGAUUACCCCAUGCUGGGGGACGGCGAGUCCCAGGCCGUCCCGGCGGAGCCCUCCGAGUCCCAGCUCAGCAACCAGAACUCGCCAGAGGGCCGGCAGCACGAUGUCAUCGUCAUCGACACCGAGAGUGAGAGCGAGGGGGAAGAGGAGGAGGAGGAGGAGGAGGAGCAGGAGGAGGUGGAGGAGCAGGAGUACCCUGAGGAGGACGACGAUGAUGACGAGGAUGAAGACGACGACACGGGGAUGGCUGAGGAGGGAGAGGAGAGCAGCGAGGGGAGCGGGAGCAGGGAUGGGAACGAGCCCUACGAGGGAGACGACCCCGAGGGCCCUGAUGCCACUGACCCCGGCACUGAGAACGAGGCAAGCCUUGGAGCCCCGGACUCUGCUCAGAAGCAAGCCGACUCCCAGAGCAGUGGCGAGGGGAGCAGCAGCACCACAGAGUCCUCCUCCACCGACGCCCCCAGGGAGCAGCAGCUGAUGCCCAACACCACCACUCCCACGGACCGGCAGGCCCCCCGCCUGCCGCAGUCGCCACGGAGACCACCCCACCCUUUGCCCCCACGGCUCUACAUCCAGCCCCCUGCCCAGGAGCUGGGACCACCCCCUGCACAACGCCAGUCUGCUCCAAUGCGCCGCCAGUCUGUCGGCCGAGGGCCCCAGCUCACGCCAGGCAUCGGCAGCAUGCAGCACUUCUUCGAUGACGAUGACCGGAUGGUGCCCAGCACGCCCACGCUGGUGGUGCCCCAUCGCACCGACGGGUUCGCUGAAGCCAUCCACUCGCCCCAGGUGGCCGGUGUCCCCCGGUUCCGUUUUGGCCCGCCCGAGGACAUGCCUCAGGCCAGCUCCUCUCACUCCGACCUGGGCCAGCUGGCAUCACAAGGAGGUCUGGGAAUGUACGAGAGCCCCCUGUUCCUGUCAGCGCACGAUGAGGAGUCCGGGGGCCGCAGCGUCCCCACCACGCCCCUGCAGGUGGCCGCCCCAGUAACCGUCUUCAGCGAAAUGCACCCCUCGGACGCAUCGGAGACCGCCUCCCAGUCCGUUCCCAUGGUGACCACAUCGACAGCGGGGCUGGCGGCUCCCGGGGAGGCUGUCCCGGGGGACGACGGAGACGAGGUGUUCGCGGAGGCCGAGAGCGAAGGCAGGGCUGGCGGCGAGGUGUCCCACGACAGCCAGGCCGAAGUGGAGUCCGCUCAGCCCUCUGACGACGCCAGCCUUCCCUCCACCAGCCAGGAGCCCACCUCCAGCUCUGCAGAUACAAGCAGCAGUCUCCCGAAACCCAGCGGUCGACUGCCUACUUCGCCCCUGCCCCUUCGGCCCCAGCCCAAGGGACGGCAGCUCAUCAGAAGAGGUAUUGGCUUUCCAAGGGGAGGGCGUGGCCACUUUCCCAGAGGGACCAUGCACUAAUGGCUGUCCUUUUCAACUGCUUUAGCAGUUAGCCUGUGUCUAAAGCGUGUGUUUUUUGUUUUACUUUUUAUACAUCUGCCUAGCCAUGCUUAAAGGUGUUUUUACUUAAUGUUUUUGU